CCUCAUCAUCUAUCCAAGUACUUACACUGCAAUGGCAGAAAGCAAAAAAGUAUGGGCAUCCUAUAUGGACAACAUUGAAUAUCUCCCUGGUAUCCUAACACUCGACUACUGUCUUAAAAAACACGGCUCCAAUUACUCCUUCCUAGUCCUCUAUCAGGACUCCUUCCCAGAGGAAGGCCACGCAGCCCUCGAUGCCCGCGGCAUCAAAAAGCGGCGUGUCGACCACCUGGUGCCUACCGUUGACGUGGAUUUCGCUAAUGACCCGCGUUUCGUCCACUGCUGGUCGAAAUUGACGAUCUUUUCGCUGUUUGAGUAUGACCGUAUUGUCCUGCUCGAUAGUGACAUGUUGAUUCGUCGGAACAUGGACGAAUUAAUGGAUGUCGAGUUGGAUCCCCCGGAGCUGGGCACGACGGGGGAUCGGGUCGUGGCUGCGUGCCAUACCUGUAUUUGCAAUCCGGAGAAGAAAAAGCAUGUCCCUGAGUUUUGGAAUCCAUCCAACUGCUCCUACACCUCCCAGAACACAACCCCCGAAGCCGCACAAACAGCCGGACCGUCCGCCGUCGGCUGUCUGGGCGGUCUCAACAGCGGUCUUAUAGUUGCCGUCCCAUCGCAAGCGACCUUUGACCGCAUACUCGCCCAACUAGCCACUCCCGCAGUGCUGAGUUACAGCCACGCCGAUGAAACACUCCUCUCAGACAUUCUUGCUGAUAAAUGGGUUCCGCUGCCGUACAUCUACAACGCGCUGAAAACAAUGCAGGGCGUUCACGACGCUAUCUGGGAUGCUGACAAGGUGAAAAACAUCCACUUUGUCUCUAGCCCUAAGCCGUGGGAUGAUAUGUGGAGGAUGGAGAGGGAACCGGGAACGGUAAUCAAAGACCCGAGACAUAUGUGGUGGAUAGACGUUAAUAUGAAGAGGGUGGAGGAGGAUCGUGAACGUGGUAUUCAUGAUGGUCUUUAGGUUGGUUGGAGUAUAUAUACAUCACGGAUGUGAUAGCUGUAUAGAUUCUACCUGGAAAUAUAUCAACUUAGCCUCUAUAUUAUCUUAUUGGAAUAUGUUUCUAAUUU